AUGACCUUUAAAUGGCUGAAAGGCAGCUCCGAGGGCCCAACCAACGUCGGCUCCGAUGCACGACAGUCAGGACCAGCCACCAUCGACUGCCGCCGCGGACCUCAAGGUAUCGGUCAUGAAAACCAACGAACGUAUACCUUCAAUGACUGCACAUUCGAUAACACAAGCAUGGUAAUUAUUGGAAGCGCAAGCUCUAAGAACGAAACUGUGGUCCUCCGUGAUGCUAAAAGUGGCCGAGGCUUUUUUGCCAAUGGAGACACGGAUAAAGAAACCUUCUUGAGGGAAUUCUGUGGAAAGAAGUAG